UUCCGGAGCGCUCGGCAGGCAUGGCAGCCACCUCGGUGCCGAGCCCCGCGGCCAGCUAGGGGCGGCCCCCUGGCCCAGCCCGUCGGAUCCCGCUUGACUCUGCGCCCUGGGAACGCGUCGCCUCCCAGCCGGAGGUGUCUACACGUCUGGCCGUUCAUCCGUCCGUCCCUCCCGAGGCCGGAACUGACCAUGCCCAGCGGCUGCCGCUGCCUAAAUCUCGUGUGCCUGCUGUGCAUCCUGGGGGCAACCAGCCAGCCUGCCGGAGCGGAUGACUGCAGCUCCCACUGUGACCUGGCCCACGGCUGCUGCGCUCCUGACGGCUCCUGCAGGUGUGAUCCAGGCUGGGAGGGGCUGCACUGUGAGCGCUGCGUGAAGAUGCCUGGCUGCCAGCAUGGUACCUGCCACCAGCCCUGGCAGUGCAUCUGCCACAGUGGCUGGGCAGGAAAGUUCUGUGACAAAGAUGAACACAUCUGUACCUCACAGUCACCCUGCCAGAAUGGAGGCCAGUGUGUAUAUGACGGGGGUGGUGAGUACCACUGUGUGUGCCUGCCAGGCUUUCAUGGACGUGGCUGUGAGCGCAAGGCUGGACCUUGUGAGCAGGCAGGCUUCCCGUGCCGGAACGGAGGGCAGUGCCAGGACAACCAGGGUUUUGCCCUCAACUUCACAUGCCGCUGCUUGGCAGGAUUCAUGGGAGCCCACUGCGAGGUCAAUGUGGACGACUGUCUGAUGCGACCUUGCGCUAACGGUGCCACGUGUAUUGAUGGCAUAAACCGCUUCUCCUGCCUUUGUCCUGAGGGCUUCGCUGGACGCUUCUGCACCGUCAACCUAGAUGACUGUGCCAGCCGCCCGUGUCAGAGAGGCGCCCGCUGCAGGGACCGUGUCCAUGACUUUGACUGCCUGUGCCCCAGUGGCUAUGGUGGCAAGACUUGUGAGCUUGUCUUACCUGCUCCAGACCCUGCCACAAUGGGCACCCCACAAACGCCCACCUCAGCUGUAGUUGUACCUGCUACGGGGCCAGCCCCUCACAGUGCAGGGGCGGGCCUGCUAAGGAUCUCAGUGAAGGAGGUGGUGCGGAGACAAGAGGCUGGGCUUGGUGAGUCUAGCCUAGUUGCCCUGGUGGUGUUUGGGUCCCUCACUGCUGCUCUGGUCCUGGCCACUGUGUUGCUGACCCUGAGGGCAUGGCGCCGAGGCAUAUGCCCCACUGGGCCCUGUUGCUACCCAGCCCCACACUAUGCCCCAGCUCGGCAGGAUCAGGAGUGUCAGGUUAGCAUGCUGCCAGCAGGGUUCCCUCUGUCACCAGACCUGCCCCCUGAGCCUGGUAAGACCACAGCGCUGUGAUGGAAGGGGCUUCCUAGCCGCCUUCCUUACCUCCUUCACACCUCAGACUCACCAGCCCUCGGCUUUGGUACACCCAUCCAGGGGACUUCAGCCUCACACCAGAAAUACUAUUUUUUUAAAACACAGAAUGUAAGAUAGGAAUUUUAUCAAAUAAAAUUAUGAAAAAGCAA